AUGAGAGAAUCGUUUUCUACACCACAAAGUUUCAGUCGCUUGAUAACUGACAAAGAUCAAUUUAAGCAUCCAGUAUCUUUGGAAAGUAACCCGAUACCAAUAGCACCAAGUUGGCACAAAGAAUUGGAACCAAUAGACACAACUUACGAAGGUUUUGAAAAAUAUUUAGACCCUUAUCUCACUACCAGCAGACUGCAUCAUCGGCCGUACACUGCUGACCAAUUAAAGAAGAUCUCUAAUUCUAAAGAUAUUGUUACUUAUUAUACGCUAUCAGACAUUCCUUGGGUAUGGUCAACAAAACCAACACACAAAGAUUGGUUCGUACGAGUCAAAUGUCCCAAGACAAUGUACGAUAGAGAGAAAUUUAAGGGGGACUUUAGAGAAAUAAGGAGUCAUAAUAAACUGCAUUGGGUUCCAGGAUCAUUUAGAACAGAAGCAAAAGAUAAUUAUGGUUUUAAUACACAUCAAAAAGAUAUAAAAAUUGAAAAACAUGAGGAAGUAAGCACCAAAUAUCAACGUGCUAUUGGAAAAUUAAAAACAAAUUCACCAUAUGAAGACGCACUCAUGCAAGGAACCUACGUGACGGAAAGUUCUACUAUUGGAUCAAGGAAACCUAUUUGCUCAGUUUUCGAACAAUGUGCGGAUAAAAAUAAGCGACUCAUGAGUAGAUUAGAGAAGAAAAAAUAA